GUGAGGGAGCGCAACCCACAUCUAGAUAAGAGCUCUCUCCCAUGCUGCUCAGCGUAACGCCAGCGCAAAGUGUGUGGUUGUGAGCCGCGCUUUCUGUCAGAGUGCGUGUCAAGCGUGUCAGAGUUGGAGAAGGGAAAGUGCCUGACGCCCCGAACAACCCAGGAGCUGGGGAAACGCUUGGUCGUUGGCGACCACGGGAAGCGGAGAAUCCGGACGCGCACACAAGAAGUACCGAAGGAUCUGGGCAGGAAAAGUGGAAAGAAAUCUUCUUUUUCGGACUUUUGAGCAAUGCGCUGGCAGCAUGGCCAAAUGGUUCAAGGAACACCUAGGAUUCAAAACCACCAAAGCACCACCUCCGGCUCCUCCGAAACCGGACUACAGACACUGCCACGCCACAGUGCCCGGUACGCCUGGCUACCUCCAAACGAGCUCCGGUGCCUCAACGCACUAUCCGAGCCCCGCGCAACCGGACAUUCUCGCUGCCUACAAACUACAGAAGGAACUGGACUUCGAGGACCCGUACACUGGAGGCGGAAAUCUCGCGUUUCAAACUGGUCCGGGCUCUGGUGGGUCGCCGGACAUUAAGUACGUGUCACCGAAGCACCGACUCAUAAAGGUGGAAACGGUGGAAAAAAACAGCUGCUCGUCGGUCAGCAGCGUUUCGCCAGCCCCGACAGGGAGCGUCUCUGUCGGUAGCGUCAAAUCCCCCACCUCCCCACCUCCCGCACAUGACGGCAAGCAAGAAAAGGUCAUGAUAGUGGAGGACUACGCAGACCCAUUCGACGCGGAACAGGUGGGAGGCACUCCGGCUGUCGUCACGGCAGCGGAGAAGGUGACUGAGAAUGACGGCUACAUGGAACCCUACGAGGCCCAGAAAAUGAUGGCAGAGAUCCGCCGCGGGACGAAGGAGGGCUCCAUGCGGCAGCUGCCGCUCUACGACACGCCGUACGAGCCGACGGAGAACGGCGGCGACUCGGACCCGGAGCCGACCCGCUGCCCGCGCGAGAGCCGUCUGCCGCAGGACGACGAGAGACCCCCGGAGGAGUACGACCAACCCUGGGAGUGGAAGAAGGAGCGCAUCUCCAAAGCCUUCGCAGCUCUGCUGUGUUAUGGCUGUGUUAGCACCGACGGCUCAGUGGGAGGCAGAGAACCAGAGACCCCCCCCCCAGGACUAAGGACCCCCCCGCCUAGAACCCCCAAAGGUACCCCGCACAGGGACGCAGGGGACGCCAUCUCACCACCAGACUGCCCGUCGGUCUCACUUGCUGCCUGUCUGUCUGUCUGUUUGUCUGUCUCACCAGCUGUCUUGCUGCUUACUUCCCCUUCCAGUUAGUUGGUCUGCCUGUGUUAGCUUGCUGGAUGUCUAUCUGUCUGCCUAUCUUUCUCUCUCUCUCUCUCUCUCCCAAUCUUACUUAUUAUAGGGACUAGAAGCUUCUGGUCUCAGCUGGAAAAAGGAUACAUCUCUUUGUCCAUCUCUCUCUCUCUCUCUCUCUCUCUCUUUCUCUCUCUCUCUCUCUCUCUCUCUCUCUCUCUCUCUCUCUCUCUCUCUCUCUCUCUCUCUCUCCCUUUCUCUUCACUCACUCUAAACGAUCCUCCACGAUGACUGUGUUUCCAAAUUCUGCUCAGUCUACAGGGGGCAUCUAGUUUCACAAUGACAGGGGACUGUCUGUCUGUCUGAAUGUUUGUCAGUUUGCGUGUCUCUGAAGUUCCCCGUCUGUUCCGUGUUGACGUCUUAACAUCUCUCUCCUCCUCCUGUCCUCUCCCUUGAGAGGGCGUCAGAGUGGGAAGGUGAUUUGGGGUUUGGCUGGUGGCUUUGAGAUGGCGCCGGUGUCCUUCCUAUUCUCUACUUUGCGUUGCUUUGUCUACACUGGUGUCACUGGCCUCCCUCCUGUCUAUGACCACUCCUGCGUGUCUGUCUGCCUGUCUGUGUGUCUCUGUCUAUGUGUUUGCCUGUCUG